AGGAAGGUUUGAGCUCAUAUUAGUUCCCUUCUGAAACUGAAUUCGAAAUCCUCCAGACUCCCUGUAGAAAUCCUAUAUACGGAGUAGAAUCCAAAAAAAGACCCUGAAUAAUCAAGUCCCGCAGUUCAGGCCCAACACAGAUACUCAGCUGAGCGCGCAGGGACACCCACCAAUGGCCGCCCAGAGCGCUCUCCUCGCCGCCGGCGCCGCGGCGGUCGCCAUCGCCGCCGCCGUUUUCCUCCUCCCUAGUCCCGCCUCUCACCUCGCAUGUACGCACACCUCCUCCUCCUCCUUCUCUCUCCCCAGUCACGCUCCCACUAAACGGGUUAACAUACGCGCCAUUUGCCCGCGGCGGAAGCUCAGUCCGUCUCCUGUUCCCUUCGCAGGGCCACCGUGGGGCCACUUCGCCGACAUGAUACUGGCCAACGCCACCAUCUACACCGCCGACCCCGCCCGCCCUUUCGCCGCCGCGAUGGCCGUCAGCGGCGGCCGCGUGCUCCGCGUCGGCAGCUACGACUCCGUGAAGGAACUGAGGGGUCGACACACACGUGAACUGAAUCUUAGUGGGAACGUUGUGCUCCCCGGAUUUAUCGACUCCCAUGUGCACCUAAUCGACGGUGGCUUGCAGUUGGCGAGGGUGCCGCUUCGAGGGGUUAGAAGCAAAGAGGACUUCAUCAGCAGGGUCAAGGAAGCUGUCAGAGAUAAGCAUCAUGGGCAGUGGCUAUUAGGUGGAGGUUGGAACAAUGAUGGCUGGGGAGGUGAUUUCCCCACUGCUGCUUGGUUUGAUGAUAUAUCUCCUGAUAAUCCAGUAUGGCUCUCACGCAUGGAUGGUCACAUGGGAGUAGCUAAUUCGCUAGCUAUGAAGAUUGCUGGGAUUGACAAAAACACAAAAGAUCCAGUUGGUGGAACUAUUGUAAGAACAACUGAAAGAGAGCCCAGUGGUCUUCUUGUUGAUGCUGCUAUGAAGCUUGUAUUUGAUGUUAUUCCAGAAGUCUCCAUAAAUGAAAGAAGAGAGGCCCUCUUCAGAGCUAGUAGACAUGCCCUAAUGAGGGGGGUGACCACUGUUGUUGAUGUUGGAAGUUACUUCCCUGGGAUGUCAGAAAAGCAAACUUGGCAAGAUUUUUCAGAUAUCUAUGAAUGGGCUCAUUCUAUGGGAAAGAUGAUGAUCAGAGUCUGCUUAUUUUUCCCAAUGCCCACAUGGUCUCGUGUUUCUGAUCUUAUCCAUGAAAAAGGUCAAUUGUUCAGCGAAUGGAUUCAUCUAGGUGGUGUCAAAGCUUUUCUUGAUGGUUCUCUAGGUUCUUCAAGUGCAUUGUUCUAUGGGCCUUAUAAGGAUGAUGAUGGCAAUUUCGGUCUUCAAUUGAUAGAUAUGGAUGUUCUGCUCAAUGCAACAUUAGAAUCAGAUAAAUCAGGACUUCAGGUUGCCAUACAUGCAAUUGGAGAUAAAGCUAAUGAUUUGCUGCUGGAUAUGUUAGACGAGGUUGUUAAUUUGAAUGGAAUGAAGGACCGUAGGUUCCGGAUUGAGCAUGCCCAGCAUCUGACCCCAGGCGCAGCAAAACGCUUUGGAAAACAUGGUACCAUUGCAUCCGUGCAGCCAGAUCAUAUAUUGGACGAUGCCAACUCUGCCGGAAAGAAGAUUGGGGUAGAGCGAGCUGAACGGAAUUCAUAUUUGUUCCGAUCACUAUUGGCUGGUGGUGCACAUCUGGCUUUUGGUUCUGAUUGGCCUGUUUCGGACAUUUAUCCCUUAAAAGCUAUUCAAACUGCAAUGUCCCGUAAGCCGCCUGGACAGGAAGCACCUUGGAUCCCUACGGAAUGCUUGGCCCUAGAUGAUUCCUUGAAAGCGCAUACGAUAUCUGCUGCUUAUGCCUGCUUCCUUGACCGUGUCCUGGGCAGCCUUUCCGAAGGGAAAUACGCCGAUUUCGUGGUCCUGCCGUCUACCUCGUGGAAUGAGUUCUCCAGCGAUAUACCGGGGCAUGUCGUGGCAACAUAUGUGAGCGGCAAACAGGCCUAUCCAUGAUCCCCUUCGAGGCGACUGCGCUCCACCCACGUCCAGGUCCAGGCCAGAUUCAGAUAGAAUUGCUAAGCAGGUCAGCAGACGCACAUAUGUAAAUGCAAGUGCUACAAAAAUGUUAUUACUUCUCGCGACAAAUCGAUACUACAAUGAUACUACUAUUUUCACAUGAUUAUCGCUCGACAUGUUUUGCACAUAAUUAAUCAGAAAUUUGUGGGUAGCAGACUGGCUUCUGAUCU